AUGGACCGCAACCCGUCGCCACCGCCGCCGAGUCGGGACGGGGACGAGGAGGAGGCGGCCGGAGGGGACUGCAUAGGCAGCACAGUCUACAGCAAGCACUGGCUCUUCGGCGUCCUCAGCGGGCUCAUCCAGAUGGUUACCCCUGAAAAUGCCAAAUCCAGCUCAGAUGAUGAGGAGCAGCAGAUGGAGCUUGAUGAAGAAAUGGAGAAUGAAAUUUGCAGAGUAUGGGAUAUGUCCAUGGAUGAGGAUGUGGCUUUGUUUCUCCAAGAAUUUAAUGCUCCUGACAUAUUUAUGGGAGUAUUGGCCAAAUCCAAAUGUCCUCGAUUAAGAGAAAUCUGUGUGGGAAUAUUAGGUAAUAUGGCCUGUUUCCAGGAGAUAUGUGUGUCCAUCAGCAGUGAUAAAAAUCUUGGCCAGGUAUUGCUGCACUGUUUGUAUGAUUCAGACCCUCCUACUCUGCUGGAGACAAGCAGGUUGUUGCUUACUUGCCUUUCCCAGACAGAAGUGGCCAGUGUCUGGGUUGAAAGAAUUCGAGAAAAUCCAGCUAUUUAUGAUAGUAUUUGCUUCAUCAUGUCAAGUUCAACAAAUGUUGACUUGCUGGUAAAGGUUGGGGAGGUUGUGGACAAGCUGUUUGAUUUGGAUGAGAAACUGAUGUUGGAAUGGAUUAGAAGUGGGGCUGUUCAGGCUCUGGACCAACCCCAGGAAGAUUCUGAACAGCAGCCAGUGUUUCGAAUUGUGCCCUGUGUACUUGAAGCUGCCAAACAAGUGCGCUCUGAAAAUCCAGAAGGGCUUGAUGUUUACAUGCAUAUCUUACAGCUGCUCACCACGGUAGACGAUGGAAUUCAAGCAAUUGUGCAGUGUCCAGAUACUGGAAAAGACACUUGGAAUUUACUUUUUGACCUGGUGUGCCGUGAGUUCUGCCAGGCUGAUGACCCGCCCAUCAUACUGCAGGAGCAGAAAACAGUGCUGGCCUCUGUUUUAUCAGUAUUGUCUGCCAUCUAUGCUUCACAGGCUGAACAGGAGUAUCUAAAGAUAGGAAAAGUGGAUCUUCCUCUGAUUGAUAGCCUGAUUCGUGUCUUACAAAAUAUGGAACAUUGUCAGAAGAAACCAGAGAACUCAACGGAGUCUAACACAGAAGAAACUAAAAAGUCUGAUUUAACCCAAGAUGAUUUCCACUUGAAAAUCUUAAAGGAUAUUUCAUGUGAAUUUCUUUCUAAUAUUUUCCAAGUGUUAACAAAGGAGACUGUAACUCAGGGACUAAAGGAGGGCCAGUUAAGCAAACAGAAGUGUUCCUGUGCAUUUGAAAAUCUUCUUCCGUUCUAUAGCCCUGUGGUGGAAGACUUUCUCAAAAUCCUCCGUGAAGUUGAUAAGAAUCUUGCUGGUAACCUGGAAGAAGGCUUCCCAAGUUUGAAGAUUCAGACUUAA